AUGGUGACAUCCAGUGGAAGGAAACUGGAAGAAGGAUGUGGGACACCCAUCUAUCACUCUCAAGACAACAGGGAGUUCAACCUGUUGGACUUCAGCCACCUGGACAGCAGGGACCUGGCGGUGAUGGUUGCUUCCAUGGCGUACAACACUUGGUUCACCAAACUCUACUGCAAAGACAUGCGCAUUGGGUCAGAGGUGGUGGAGCAGGUCCUUCACACCGUCAGUAAGUCCAGCAGUCUGGAAGAACUCACUCUGGAGAACGCUGGCCUCAAAUCAGAUUUCCCUCAGAAAAUGGCGACAGCUCUGUCUGAAAACCCUGCCUCUGUGAUCCACUCACUCAACCUGGCCCACAACCCCCUGGACAACCAAGACGCCGUGUACUAG